UUGAUGGCCUGCUAGUGCACCAGACUGCAGUUGUUCUGCGCUUUGAUAUUUCCUCUCUUUUGGCUAUAAAACUUUGUGGGAUCUCCAACUGCUGAACACCAAUCUUUCAGUUCAAAAGAGAAAGGUUUUCUAACUUCUGUGAAUUCAUCCUGGGAAAGGGAUACUUCUGGAGAUCUUAAUUCAUCAGUAAUUAAGUUGGUCUGUUUCCAGAAAGGGCUUUGAAUUCUACAGAAACAAAAGCAGCAGAUAAGAGAGAAUCAACAGAGGGGAGAACUAUGGGAGAGUGUGAAUGCAGACCACUAGGGUUCUUGAUAGGUCUACCUUUUGCCCUUGCUUCCUUGCUUUUAUCUUUGGUCGGUGCAGUUAUUUGGAUCAUUGGGUCUGUAUUGAGUUGCCUGUGCCCUUGUUGUAUAUGCUUUGCAGCAUUAGCAAAUUUCGCAAUGGGACUUAUCAAACUUCCAAUCCAAGUGAUGCAAUGGUUUAUUGAUAAGAUUCCUUGUUGAUGUUCACUGAUGACUCGAUGCAAAUCUCUCAUAUUUAUUGAAUACAGAUAAUCUAACUUAAUUUCUAUCUAUUUUUUUUCCCCCAAAUU